CGAUCUGUGUGCGUUUAAUAUUCUGAUUGUUAAACAACUUCGCAGGCAAUGAACAUGUUUCAAUUUGAUACAAUUCGGAUUAAACUUGGUCUGCUGUUGUUACUUGUGAACUUGUUAGUCGCCGCGCAAGCAUUUAUCACCAACAACAAUGACGAGUACCAAGUAUGGCUGACAACAGGCGACGGCUCAAAAAAGCUUCAUCGAGAAGCGCCCUGUCCUCGGACGUCUAACGGUCACGGGUACAGCGUCUGGGUAGAUCGAAAUAAGCGUCGGCAAUCCAUGGAAGGCUUUGGCGCCGCCUUGACUAACGCGGCCGCCUAUGUUAUCUAUCACAGUCCUAAUCGACAUGCAAUUAUGGGGGAUCUUUUUGGAAACAGCUUGGAUGACCUUGGAGUUAGCUUUUUGCGACUUGUGAUGGGGGCGUCAGAUUUCCAAGGGGUCAAUCCAUACACUUACGACGACCUGACAAACAACCAUGACACCGACUUUGAUUUGAAUCACUUCAGCAUAGACAAUGAUCGCGCGUUUGUUUUACCCAUUGUAAAAGAGGCAAAAUCUAUCAAUCCCAAUCUCCGUAUUCUCGCUACGCCUUGGACAGCACCCGCAUGGAUGAAAACCUCCCACAAUAUCUUUGGUGGUGAUUUGAACGGCGACGGGCGAUACCUUGAAGCAUAUGCUAAGUAUUUCGUCAGAUUUAUCCAAGCGUACCAAGCUGAGGGUAUACACAUCGACUACCUCAGUCUUCAGAACGAACCCCUUCUCUCUAGAAAUGAUUACCCAACUAUGGUUAUCAACAUUGACCUCAUGAAGAUUUUCAUAAGGGAUCACGUAGGACCCCAGUUUCGGCAAAACAAUAUCAAUACAAAGCUGAUAGUUUAUGAUCAUAACUGGUCGGGAAGUUGGUACCCGGAACUGCUUCUUAGCGAUAGCAGUGUUAAGCAGUACAUUUCCGGCGUGGGAUGGCAUGGCUAUGACGGUAGGCAUGAUGUUCCUGGAGGCUUCCACAACAAACACCCAGACGUCGGAAUGUAUUUCACGGAGAUAUCGGGUGGAGGAUGGGACACCAACUUUGCCAGCACUCUAACUUGGGAUUCCAGAAUCAUUUUCAUUGGCCAGACAUUAAACUGGGCAAAGGCUGUUGACCUCUGGAAUCUUGCGCUGGACGAAAACCACGGACCAAGAGUUGGAGUUGGCGGAUGUAAGGAUUGUCGGGGUGUUAUCACAGUAAGCAACGGGGGAUACACAAAGAACGUCGAGUAUUACGCUAUGGGUCAUCUCAGCCGCUUCGUUCGCCCAGGGGCCGUACGACUUCAGACCAAUACCUUUGGCUGGGAUGAGUUGCAAUCGGUCGCCUUCGUAAAUACAGACGGUUCAACAGUGAUCGUUGUGCAGAACCCCAGCACAUCUAAUUCAGCAAGUUUUUCGCUAGACUUGGAUGCGAAGCAUUACCAGUAUAAUAACCUCCCUCCACAGUCUGUAGCAACAUUUGUAAAAUAGAAAUAUAUUUCAUAUGUUUUAUAUCUGUGAAAAAAAUAAAACAAGUUACAAAUGUUU